CCGUCGCCGGGGUGCGCCAGCCAUGUGGCUUUCCUCCCGCCUCCACCUCUUCCGCGCCUGCGGUUUCGGCACCUCUACGGCCGCAGCCGUACGCCGCCGGCUCUGGGGGGGCAGUGGGCCGCCCUCGCCGAGGGCUCUGCGCAGCCCUCUCCUCGGAGGCACCCGACCAAAUUAUCUGCCCUUUCCUCGGAAUGGCGCCCCUUUCGCUAGCCCCAGCUUCUAUCUGCCGCACGGCGCGUGGCCUCCACGCGAACUGAGAUGGCAUGCGUUCUCUACAUCAGCUAAUGCUGUGCCAGCAGAUGCCCCGAAAAAGGACAUCGAUGAUCAGAUAGCAGAUACACAGAUCCUCCGAAACCUUGUGAAGUACUUGAUGCUGAAUGACAGCCCUGAUUUCCGUUUCAGGCUUGUGUUAUCACUGGGCCUCUUAGUUGGCGCAAAGGUUAUAAAUGUUCAAGUGCCUUUCUUGUUUAAGCUUGCUGUCGAUUGGCUUGCAGCCCUUGCUGGUACUGAAGCCUCACUGGCAUCAUUUACAGAUGCUAAUGCCACCAUGUUAGCUCUGUUUGCAAGCCCAGCAGCUGUUCUGAUUGGAUAUGGUAUUGCGCGUUCAGGAGCAUCAGCAUGUACAGAAUUACGCAAUGCUUUAUUUUCUAAAGUGACCUUGAGAGCCACCCGCUCAGUCUGCAGAAUGGCAUUUCUUCACUUGCAUGAGCUUGAUCUUCGUUAUCAUCUCAGCCGGCAAACUGGUGCUUUAAAUCGCAUAAUUGACCGAGGCAGCCGUGCUAUAAAUAGCAUUCUUACGAUAAUGGUAUUCAAUAUUGUCCCCACGAUACUAGAGAUUAGUAUGGUCUCAAGUAUUCUGGCCUACAAGUUUGGUUCAACUUUUGCUUGGCUUACUUCAGCUUCUGUUGCUACAUAUAUUGCUUUCACUUUGGUUGUCACACAGUGGCGGACUAAGUUCAGGACAGCCAUGAAUGAAGCUGACAACGCUUCUAGUACCGUGGCAGUUGAUUCCCUUCUGAAUUAUGAGACUGUAAAGUACUUCAAGAACGAACGAUUUGAAGUAGAGAAGUAUGACAAAUAUCUAAAACAAUAUGAGGAUGCUGCACUCAAAACCCAAAGUAGCCUUGCCUACCUUGACUUUGGUCAAAAUGUUAUAUUGAGCUCGGCUUUAUCCGCGGCAAUGGUUUUGAGCUCCUAUGGUGUCAUGAGUGGUGCUCUAACUGUUGGUGAUUUGGUCAUGGUUAAUGGACUUCUAUUCCAGCUCUCAUGGCCUCUGAAUUUCCUUGGGGGUGUCUAUCGAGAAUUUAGACAAAGCCUUAUUGAUAUGAAGUCCAUCUUCCAGUUGCUUCAGGAAAAACCUGGAAUAAAGGAUGAACCUCAUGCAGAACAAUUGCAGUUCAAAGGAGGAUGCAUUGAAUUUGAGAACGUUCAUUUUGGGUACAUACCUGAAAGAAAGAUUCUUGAUGGCGCCUCUUUCACUGUACCUGCAGGAAAAAGUCUGGCAAUUGUGGGAACUAGUGGCAGCGGAAAAUCAACCAUACUUAGACUUCUGUUCAGGCUUUUUGAUUCUACUUCAGGAUCGAUAUGUAUAGAUGGGCAAGACAUCCGGAGCGUCACACUAGAGAGUCUUCGGGAUUGUAUUGGUGUUGUACCACAGGAUACCGUACUUUUCAAUGACACAAUUAAGCAUAAUAUAAAAUAUGGGCGGUUAUCAGCAAAAGAUGAGGAGGUAUAUGAUGCUGCUCGGCGUGCUUCCAUUCAUGAUGUAAUCAUGAACUUCCCUGACAAGUAUGACACAGUUGUUGGAGAGCGAGGAUUGAAGUUGAGUGGUGGUGAGAAGCAGCGUGUAUCAAUUGCUCGUGUAUUCUUGAAGGAGCCUUCUAUUCUAUUAUGUGACGAAGCUACAAGUGCUCUUGAUAGCACUACUGAAGCAUCAAUUCUUAAUUCCUUGAAGUCUUUAUCCACUGACCGAACCUCAAUUUUUAUCGCUCAUCGACUCACAACUGCAAUGCAGUGUGAUGAGAUCGUUGUCUUGGAGAAUGGAAUGGUAGUGGAACAAGGCCCGCAUGAUAUUCUCCUGUCAAAAGGCGGGCGAUAUGCUGAACUAUGGUCACAGCAGAACAACGGUGAUGCCAAUAAUGCUCUUGCUGUCUAGAGCUUGGAUAUACCAAAAUAGAGUUUCCCUUGCAAGUGAAAGUACAGCCAUUAUACAGGUUUCUCCUCACAUACUAUGCACAAUGAGUGCUUAGAAUUUUAGAUACGGGAAAAAAGAAAUUUACAGUUUAGAAUAAGUUAUCCCAUUUGAAAGGCAAAAUUUUCCUCUGAGAAAUAUUCAGAAAUCUUGGAAUACAGCUGUCAAUGUAACAUUUUUUGUAUGUGAAAUAAACCUGGUAAAUAUUUGAUCCUUUCAAGUGGAAAUACUUACACCCUGGUACGCAUCUGAA